ACGAGCUUAUUUUGAAAAGAACCGCCUAUGGGCAAAUGACCACACCUCCUUUCUGCCCAUCUAUGUACUGCCACUAGACUGUUGAUGACUUGAUUGAGAACUUUUAAAUUUAAAUGUCAUUCUGAAGAACUCGCCAGAGAUGUCUUUAAAAGUACUGCUUGUUGGAGGUGGCCUCACCAGCGCUUUGAUCAGUUCCUUGCUGAAAAAAGUGCCAGUCGCUUGUCAAGUGUGGGACAAAGCUCGUGGAGCAGGUGGCCGAAUGAGCACAACAAGGAGUCCGACAAACAGUAAUUGCACUGCAGACUUAGGAGCUCAAUACAUUACAGCAACUCCUACUUACCAAUCCAAACAUCAUGAUUUCUACAACAGUCUAUUAUCGUCAAAAGUACUGGAGAACAUGACCUGUAAAGUUGAAGGACUGAAAGAUUUUCCUGAGGGAACGAAACACUAUGUGGCACCAGCUGGGACCAAUGCCAUCGUCAAGCACUUCUUUGCCGAGGGUGGACAUCAGCUGCACUUUGAACAGCAUGUCAGUGCCAUUGACCUGCAGCCAGAUAACAAGUGGCUGGUGAGGACAAAGUCUGGGCGCGAGGAGGUCUUUGACGCUAUCAUCCUCACCAUGCCAGUGCCGCAGAUAUUCCAACUGGAAGGUGACGUCCAAGACUUAUUAAACAAAAACAGCGAGCUGACUAAAAAUCUGAAAUCGGUAAAAUACAGCUCUCGAUAUGCACUUGGAUUAUUUUUCGACAACAACACAGCAUUACGCAACAUAGACUGGGAUUCUAAAUACUUAAGUGAUCAUGGCGUGUUCAGAUUUGUUUCUCUGGACAGUCGAAAACGGCAGUUGGGAGAUCAGCCCGUUGCAGCUGUUUUUCACACAUCAAUUACUUUUGGCGAGGAAAACAUUGAUAAAAACGGUGACGAAGUGAAAAUUCAGCUGCUGUCCGAAGUGAAGAAGCUUUUUCCACAGUGGCCUGAGCCUAAGUCUGUUAAAUGCCAGAAGUGGCGUUAUUCUCAGGUUCUUGAGGCAUACCCUGAAACGCCAGGAUACGUUUUCAUCAGCAAGUCCCCACCCUUGCUGGCAGCCGGUGAUGGUUUUGUCCACUCUAAUCUCGAUGGAUGCAUAAGCUCUUCUCUCAAGACUGCAGAGGCGCUGAAAGAAAUUUUGGUGCAAAAAACUGAUUAACUUAACUAGCAAGUUCUUGUUGACCUUAAAAAAGGCGUAUAGAUGAGGUAAAUAAUGUUCAUUGAAUUGGGUCUCAAAAUAUUUAUAUAUUUGAAAUAAAUUUUAUUUUCAGC